AUGACAGACACCUUUGGCCCACGCAUCACUGGAUCAGAUGCGUUAGAAAAAUCCAUUGAUUGGGUUAUACGGAAACUCAAGGCGGACAAUUUGUCUGUCACAACAGAGGAAGUAGUCGUUGAUUACUGGCAACGUCACCAAGAGUCACUUCAUUUUCUGUCACCUACCCGUGGCCCUGUUCCGAUGCAUAUCCUUGGUCUUGGGUAUAGCGUAUCUACGCCUGAUCCUAUUAACGGCCUCGAAGCAGAGGUUAUUGUUGUGCAUUCCAAGGAUGAGCUGGAGCAGUUGGGUCAAAGAGACGAAGUACGUGGCAAAAUUGUCCUCUGGAAUAACCCCUUUACUUCUUAUACUGAGAAUGCUCUCUACAGAGCGUUCGGCGCUGUUUGGGCACAAGGACAUGGGGCUGUUGCAUCUUUGGUGCGAUCUGUCACGCCAUUCUCACUACAGACACCUCAUACAGGCGUUGCUGAGAUUGCGAGGAUCCCUAUGGCUGCUAUCAGUGUUGAAGAUGCUGAUUUGCUUGAACGUUCGCUUAACCGCCACAAGCAGGAUCCAGAGACAUUUCCUGAAUGGCCCAAAGUCAAAUUAAUCAUGGGAGCAUCAACAGAGCUCGAGUCCAAGAUCUCAAGGAAUAUCAUUAUCGAAUUAAAAGGAAGAGAGAAGCCAGAAGAGAUUGUGGUCGUUGGUGGACAUAUUGAUAGCUGGGAUGUUGGGAGUGGGGCUGUGGAUGAUGGUGCCGGCUGUUUCAUUGCUUGGGAAACUCUGCGUCAAUUGAGCCGGCUGGAGAGGCCGCCUCGAAGAACGGUACGAGUAGUGUUCUGGACUGCAGAGGAGAACACAUCUGCAGGAGGUGUGGUCUAUGCAAGAAAUCAUCCUGAAAAAGAUUCAAGUCGUCAUGUAUUUGCAUUUGAAUCAGAUACAGGUGUCUUUGAUCCUUACGGCAUCUCAUUUGCACCAGGCACAGCCAAGGACGGCAAAAAGCGCGACUCGGCCGAAUUUUUGACGGCUGCUGGAGAGUAUUUUAUGGGACGGCGUGAGGAUCUUGGAUACCCUGGGGCUGGUCGACAUGUCCUACCCAAUCCAUUUGGAGCUGACAUUGAACCUCUUUGCAAACGAGGAGUUGCUUGUGCGGAGUUUGUCCCCGCCGAUCCUUUCCCCCUUCCUUAUUCAACUUCCCCAUAUGCCAUCAAAUAUGGCACUGGAAACCGCCAUCAUGAGGAUGACAUGCAGAGCAUGGUAAAAGAUCAUAACAAUGGCAAGGAGUACAAUCCUUUCCACAACUACGACUAUCAAAAUAACAAUAGCAAAAAGCACCACCAUCAUCGCAGUAGGAGCAGCAAUAUCCAUGAUAAAUAUCGUCGACCUGUAGACACUGGCUAUUUUUAUUACCACCAUUCAGAGGCAGACUCAAUGGGGGCCUUCACACCUGACCAAUUGAAGCGUUCUGCUGCAGUCAUGGCUAUCUGGACGUACAUUGCCGCGGAAAGUCCAAUUGAGUUCUGA